CGAAGGGUAAGCGGUACAGCUGGACUAGAGCGACACUUGGCCGAGAGAACUUGAAGUGUACAGACAAGUGUAGAGAAGCAGAGUGAAAUAUAUAAAGAUAGAAGAGAAGUUAAGAAAACGUAAGUAGUUUUAAUUACCACAAAUGGCGACGAGGAUUAAUCACCCUCGUUGGAAAAGGAAAAGUGCAUGGAAAAUGAGUUUUUUUCAUUAAGAGAAAAUUUGAAAUUUUGCAUUGAGUAAAAUUCCAAUAUGGCUGCUGAUCAUACGGGUUUUUUUUUCUUGCUUUUAUAUGUCCCUUUAUCGCUGUUUUUGAGAUCUAUUAUUAAUAAAAAGUGAAGCUCAUAAUUAUCAUAUAAAAAUUGAAUAACGGAACUAUCAGCAUAGGAGAGUGUCUUUAGAUUAAUGUUGUAAUAUGUUGUAUCUCAGAGAGAAUUUAAUUUGAGAUAAAAGUUUUUUUCGCUCUCUUUUCAUCCGAGAGAAUUUUGUUGAAACUGGUUUUGAUGAAACAAAGAAGAUUUGAUAAAGCGAUAAAGCGAAUUACAUUGCAAUUUAAAUGGUGAUAAACCAUGGGAAGUAUCUGAUUUGUUUUAUAUGAGAAUUAAUUUGGAAUAUGUUGAUGAAAAUGAUUUGAUUUUGCUCUACAAUAGAAAAGCUAUUGUAGGAUGGUCUUUGAGACCUGGAAUAAAAAUGAUUAGAGAAUUGCGCUACAAUAGAAAAGCUAUUGUAGGAGGGUCGGUUAGACCUGGAUUUGAUUUUAUGCGCUACAAUAUCGAUGGUAUUGUAGGAUGGUUUUUUUUUCUCUUUUUCUUUUGUUGAAGAGAUAAAAAGAACCUGGAUAAGACUGAUGAUAUGAAAUUGAAGAUUUUAUGUGGCAUAAUAUUUUGUCUAAUAUUUUGCAUGUGAAUUGAUUGAUAGCGUCAUGAUGAGAGAGAGAGUUGUGAUUGAAUUGAGAGAAAUGUCUCGGAUUUCUUAUAGAUACGGAGAGAAACGAUACCUGAUUGUGAGAAUGGAGAGGUUUUACAACCUGCCACCAUUCAAAUGUGCUACCCUAUCGGCGAGUGAGGGUAGACGGAAAUGGCUACAAUGGAAGAGAGGAUUUUUGCACAUUGCGAAUAUUUCUAAAGAAACAAAUAAAACAAAUCUGAAGUCCCUGCUUUUGUCUCAAGGAGGGUUGGAAUUGCAAGAUGUUUUUUACAGCAUCCCGGGGGCGGAUGUAGAAGAAGAUGUGGGUGAAGAUGAGGAUGAAGUAGUUGAUCCAUACAAGGUUGCACUUGAGAAGUUGGACGCAUAUUUUGCUCCCAAGCGCCAUGAAUCUUAUGAAAGAUUUGAUUUUUGGGCAUUGAAGCCUGAGGUUGAUGAGCCAUUUGAAAAAUUCGUCCUGCGUGUCCAGCAACAUGCCUCGAAAUGCCAAUUUGGGAGAACGGAGCAAGAAGCGAGAGACACAGCAAUUAUGGACAAGGUGAUUCAAUUAGCUUCUAUAGAGCUGCGAGAAAAAUUGCUGGAGAAGAAAAAUCCGACAGUGGGUAACAUGAUCAAUCAAGUGAAUAUUUUUCAAAUGAUCAAAGCUCAGGCAAAGGAGAUGGGUCAACCAGCCACAAAGAUUGAGUUGAAUACUGAGGUGAAUCAGAUACAAGCCAAACCUGAUAAUCCAAAACCCAUGACUAAUGUGGAAUGUUUCCGAUGUGGUAGAAAAGGACAUUAUGCUCGGGAUCCCAAAUGUCCGGCGAAGGAUAAAACCUGCCUCAAGUGUAAGAUGCGUGGUCAUUUUGCCGUAAAAUGCCAACAACAGCAGCGUGGGGUGAAACGAUCCAAUGAUUCACAGGUGACUACCACCCCUCCCGAAAAGAAAAGCAAGGUAAAUGCUGUUGCGACGGACAGUGAGGCAAAACCACUGGAGAGUUUUAUCUACAAUAUCGGAGAUGGUGAUGAGCGCAUUUGGUGUCGAGUUGGAGGAGUUCUCGUUGAGAUGUUGAUUGACUCAGGGUCUUCACAAAAUAUUAUUGAUGAAGCAACGUGGACGUAUAUGAAGAACAAUGAUGCGGUUAUUCAGGAGGUUGAAGGGGAAGCUCGAUCUAUUUUGAGAGCAUAUGCGCAGAAUGAUCCACUGCAGAUUUUGAAGGUUUUUAAGGCUGAGAUAGCUAUUGCUGAAGGGAAUGAUAAGUUGUUGAAAACCGCAACGUUCUAUGUGAUCAAAGGGGGUUCACUUUGUUUGCUUGGGAGAUACACAGCCAAGUUGUUGGGGGUGUUGAUUUUGGGAUUACCCAGCACUCAGGAUCAUUUCAUCGGACAAAUGGAAGAGAAGAGAAUCACCCCUUUUCCUAAGAUGAAAGGGAUUAAACUUGUGAUUCCAAUUGAUGAUUCAGUUCAACCAGUCACUCAACAUGCUCGUCGCCCUCCAAUCGCGCUUUUGAAGAAAGUUGAGGAAAAAUUGGAGGAAUUGGAAAGAUCUGAUAUCAUAGAACCGGUGAAUGAACACAGCGCUUGGGUUUCACCAAUUGUGGUGAUCUCAAAGGACAAUGGAGAUAUCCGCCUCUGUGUGGACAUGCGACAAGCAAACAAAGCGAUUAAGCGUGAAAAUCACUUGAUGCCCGUGUUGGAAGACUUCUUGCCACGAUUGGAGUCAGCGAAAAUUUUUUCACGCCUGGACAUCAAAAACGCCUUUCAUCAAAUUGAAUUGGACGAAAGCUCUCGCCAUAUAACGACUUUUAUAACCCACAAAGGUAUGUUUCGGUAUAAACGACUGAUGUUCGGAAUUUCCUGUGCCCCUGAAAUUUUCCAGAAGGUAAUGGAGCAAAUUUUGUGCGGGUGCCACAAUGCUAUGAAUUAUAUCGAUGAUAUAAUUGUUUUCGGGGUUUCUCUGGAGGAUCAUGACAAGGCGUUGAAUAAAGUAUUGGCUACUUUGAAAGAGAAUGAUGUACUCUUGAAUCAAUCGAAAUGCAUAUUUCGUGUUUCUCAAAUUCAGUUUUUGGGACACGUGCUUUCUGAGAAAGGCAUCAGACCGAUGGAAUCUAAAGUGGAAGCAGUACAAAAGUUUAGGUCACCUGAAACAAAGGAAGAAGUUCGCAGUUUUCUCGGAUUGAUAACGUAUGUUAGUAGAUUUCUUCCUGAUUGUGCAACGGCCACAUUUCCUCUCAGACAAUUGAUGUGCAGCAGUGACUCCUUUAUUUGGAAGGAAAUCCAUCAGGAAGCAUUUGAUAAGCUGAAGAACAUGAUUGGUAAUGCACAGAUAUUGAGUUUCUUUAAUGAUAAUCGCCGCACUCGUUUGGUAGCUGAUGCAUCUCCAGUGGGGUUGGGAGCAGUUCUGUUGCAAUUCGAGGAUGACACUGAUGAUAAACCACUAAUCAUUGCUUAUGCGAGUAAAUGUCUCUCCAAAACUGAACGCAAGUACUGCCAAACGGAGAAGGAGGCUCUAGCUCUCGUUUGGUCAGUGGAAAAAUUCUACACAUACCUCAUUGGAAGAAAAUUUGAGCUUGUCACUGAUCAUAAGCCACUGGAAUUGAUUUUCAAGCCCACCUCUAAGACAUGUGCAAGGAUUGAGAGAUGGUUGCUCAGGCUUCAGUCGUUCCAUUUCAAGGUGAUCUACAAAAAGGGUUCUACCAAUAUUGCAGAUCCACUCUCACGACUUUCAGUAAUGAAUGGAAGUACGGAAUUCGAGGCUGAAACAGUUUGUAUGGUUUUACCUAUACUAGAGUCUGCAGCAGUUGAUGUCGCUGAGAUGGUUGAAGCAUCCAAAAAUGAUCCCGAAAUUCAAGCUGUUAAGGAAGCUUUGGAGACCGAAAAGUGGACGAGUGAUAUGGUGAAGCCAUAUCAAGCUUUCAGACAAGAGUUUGGAAUGAUAGGGGAGAUAUUGGUGAGGGGAACUAAAUUUGUAGUUCCUAAAUGUUUGAGGACAAGGAUGAUGGAGCUGGCACAUGAAGGGCACCCUGGAGAAACAUCAAUGAAGAAACGCCUCCGAGAAAGAGUGUGGUGGCCCUCCAUGGAUGCAGAAAUCAUCAAGAUUGUCAAGAAGUGUGAAGGAUGUCGUUUGAUUGAAGUGCCAAGCCACCCAGAACCAAUGCAGAGGAAGAGGUUGCCAGAAGGACCGUGGAUAGAUUUGGCAAUAGAUUUUCUGGGGCCUCUACCGUCGGGGGAACAUAUUCUCGUUGUAGUAGAUUACUACAGCAGGUACAAGGAAAUCGAGAUUAUGCCCCGAAUCACCGCCAAAGAUACAGUAGCUCGGCUUGACAAAAUAUUCACCAGGCUCGGCUAUCCCCGCACAAUCACGUUGGAUAACGCUAAACAGUUUGUAAGCGCUGAAUUUCACGAAUAUUGCAAGAUCAAGGGAAUUGUCCUCAAUCACACCAUUCCCUAUUGGCCUCAGCAAAAUGGUGAGGUGGAGAGGCAGAAUAGGUCCUUGUUGAAAAGGAUAAGGAUCAGCCAUAGUCUCGACCGAAACUGGAAGAGGGAUUUACAUGACUAUCUGGUUAUGUACUACACGACUCCGCACAGUACUACGGGGAAGACCCCAACCGAGCUUCUUUACGGUAAAACUAUAAGGAGCAAAAUUCCCUCUUUGGGAGAUAUUGCAACAGCUCCUCCUGUUUCAGACUACAGGGAUCGUGAUCAAUUGUUGAAAGAGAAGGGGAAAGCGUGUGAGGAUGAGAAGAGACGAGCAAUGGUGUCAGACAUAGUAGUUGGGGACAAGGUAUUAAUGAAGAAUUUGCUCCCUGGGAAUAAGCUACAAACCCCGUUUGGUCCAACAGAAUACAUUGUUAAACGGAGGACAGGAGCAUCAGUGGUGAUUGAGGAUUCGGACGGAGUACAAUAUGAGAGAAAUGUAUCUCAUCUCAAGAAAGUGCAGAAAGAUGCAGAUGAUGCAGAUGUUACUCCUGGGAAAGUUCAUAAUCCUCAACCGGGACCAUCUCGACCUCGUAAGAGGAAAACUGAGUUCCAGGGUGGAGUAGUCACCAGGGCAAGGAAGCGUCAUGAAGAAAAGGAGAGGUGUGGGAGCGAGAGCGAAGGGUAAGCGGUACAGCUGGACUAGAGCGACACUUGGCCGAGAGAACUUGAAGUGUACAGACAAGUGUAGAGAAGCAGAGUGAAAUAUAUAAAGAUAGAAGAGAAGUUAAGAAAACGUAAGUAGU